GCACCGCCUCAUCACCAAACAAACUCCUGUUGGCUUGCGGAGCUGCUUCGCGUUCAGGUGCCGUUCUAAUCGCCCUCACAUAAACAAGCAUCAGCCAUCAGCGCGUCAGCGUGCUAGCGCCGGACAGACGCCAUUUGCAUCGACGCUACAGACUCGUUUGUCGUUAUCGUUCUGCCGCCACUCGUCAUUCUUUGACACCAUGGACAACAGCUCUGAACGUGUUCCGCCGAACGACUCGCCCGCACAGUACAACAAUGUCGGCAACGACAACGACAAUGGAAACUAUGUCGGCAACGACAAUGGAAAUUAUGUCAGCAACGACAACGACCACACCGCCGAAAACACUGGUAUUAUGCCAUCUCCAAGUCAUAAGCCUGUUACACCUUCUCUAAGUUCAAAAAGUAUUACAAAAUCACCAGAGUGUACUAUUCUUAUCUGUGAUAUGAAAAUUUAUGAAAAUCGUCUGAAGACUUUUAAAAAAUGGCCAUCAAAAUGUAUUACACCUGAAAAAUUGGCUAGGGCUGGGUUUUAUUAUACAGGCAUGCAAGAUAAAGUAAGGUGUUUAUACUGCCCAAAUGAAUUUGAAUACUGGGGAAAAGAUGACGAUCCAUAUACUGAGCACAAAUUGGCCUCUCCUCAGUGUCAAUAUUUCAAAGAAAAACUAGAUCAUAAAUCUGAUGUGAUGACUACUUUUGUUCAAAACUUCUUACGUUCUGUUGGUAUUGUGACAGAUAUGAAUAUGAAAGUUCUCUCAAAUUAUAAAGCAUUAACUUCUUUGGAGUCUCGUAAGAAGACAUUUGAAGCUUUCACUAAAAAACUAACCCAUGAUGUUCAAACUUUUUGUAAAGCUGGAUUAUUUUAUAUAGGUGAAAACGAUAGGAUGUUAUGUUUCUGCUGUAACCAAGGUCUGAUGGAUUGGGAAGUUGAUGAUGAUCCUUGGGUUGAACAUGCCCGGUGGUCACCACUUUGCAGUUACGUUCUUUUAAGUAAAGGCAAACGUUUUGUGGAAGAGGUUGGUGGUGAAGUAAACUAUAGUUUACGAAUUAACCUAGAGGAAUUGAAUAAGUUAUUUACCAUUCACAGACAACUUGCAGUUGAUAGCGAUACAAUGAGAAAUUUGGAAACAUUAACCGAAAGUAAUACAUUUAUGGACUUUUUGGAACCUAUAACAAUUAUGCGCGUAAGUCAACGGGAACCAUCUGCACCUGAUUCAGUGUUAUGCAAAAUUUGCUUUAAAGAAAAAUUGGAAGUGCUUUUCAUGCCUUGUGGUCACGUUAUUGCUUGUAUUCAAUGUGCAGUAACCCUUGAUGUGUGUGCUGUAUGCAGACAGCCGUUUACUUUGACUAUGAGAGUUGGUCUUUAUGUCACUAAUCUAAAAGAAUUCAGUUUAGAAUAUUUUCCAUCGAAGUGUUCAGACGAACUAAUUGAUCCAGUUCUAUGUAAAGUUUGUUGCAAAGAAGAAAUGCAAGCUGUAUUUUUACCAUGUAGACACAUAUCCACUUGUUUUAAAUGUGCACCAAAAAUAAAUCAAUGUGUGGUAUGUUUUGAACCAAUAUAUGCAUAUAUGCAAGUGUUCUUAUAGCAUUUAUAAACAAUGAAACAAUCUAAAUUUAUGUAUAAAAACAAUUUAAUAUACAAUCAUAAAUAAUGAUUUUUUUUAUCUUUAGUGUAAUAUUAGUUUGUUAAUUAUUUAAUAAGCAUUUAUAAUUGUAAGACUCAAGUUAGAAUUAAGUAAAUGGAACAAUAUUAUCGACUGAUUUUUUGUCUUAAACAUUGCUUUAAUUUUUGUUUAGGUUAAACCAAAUGUGUAACUUUUUUUAACCUGCCAUAUUUAUGACUGUAUUUGUACUACUAUAUUUAAUAUAUUGACAUUGAUAAUAUGAUUGACAGUAUAUUAUAAUUUAAAAAAAAACUAAUUUUAGUAUUGAUUGGAAAACAUAAAUACUUUGGGUACCAUCCAGUUAAUUAUUGAAAAAUAUACUGCAAUAAAUGUAAUAUUAAGUUGACAUUAAAUUCAAGAGUUAUAACCAAAAAUGUACACAAUUAUACUAGUAAAUCUAUUUUAUUUUUUUCUUGUACUUUACCUUAGUUGUAAAUUAAAUU